GCAGGGCCGGGAGCAGAGUCCGGUUGUGCCUGUCUUCUUCUCUGGGUCCGCCGCUAGGCUCGCGGUCCUCCGCCCCACCGCCGGCCCUCGGUGCGUCUGGCAGCCGGUGUGGUCCACAGGUAAAUUUUACUUUGAAACAAACAAACAAAAAAAAGCAAAUAUUGAACCUGAGUUAAUGAUCUGCAUGCUGAAGUGUUCAGGGGUGAUGUGGCUUGAUGUCUGCUGCCUACUUUGAAACGGGUCCUGAAAAAUCAGAUGGACUGAUGGAUGGAUGGAAGGAUGGAUGUGCAGAUGAGUGACGAAACAAAAAGAACAGAAUGUGAAAGGGAGAAUCUGCUGGAUGUUGUCCAGCUUCAACGAAUGGCUUUGGCAGGAGCAGUUCUGGUUGCCACCCAAUGUCUCAUGGGCCCAUUUGGAGGACAGGGAUGGCCUGGUCUUCGCCCACCCCCGGGACCUGCUGGCAGCCCUGCCUCUGGCCCUGGUUCUGCUGACCAUGCGCAUCGCCUUCGAGAGGUUUGUUGGCCUGCCUCUGAGCCAGUUUUUGGGUGUGCAGGAUAAGACCAGGAGGCCAGUGAAGCCAAACACCACACUGGAGAGAUACUUUCUGAAGAAAGGACAGAGACCCAAGGAGCCCCAGCUGGCCCUCCUGUCCACCCAAUGUGGCCUCACACCACGGCAGACCCAGCGCUGGUUCCGGAGACGCAGGAACCAGGAUCGGCCCUACCUAAGCAAGAAGUUCUGUGAGGCCAGCUGGAGGUUUGUCUUCUAUCUGUGUUCCUUUGCCGGUGGCUUCUUGGUCCUCUACCACGAGUCAUGGUUAUGGACACCAACAAUGUGCUGGGACAGUUACCCAAAUCAGACCCUGAAGCCGGCCUUGUACUGGUGGUACCUCCUGGAGCUGAGUUUCUACAUCUCCCUGCUAAUCACACUGCCAUUUGAUGUCAGGCGAAAGGAUUUCAAGGAGCAGGUGCUGCAUCACCUCGUGACCAUCAUCCUGAUUACCUUCUCCUACAGCGCCAACCUGUUGCGCAUUGGCUCUCUGGUGCUGCUGCUACAUGAUUCCGCUGAUUUCCUGCUGGAGGCCUGUAAGAUGUUCAACUACACGCCCUUCCGGACAGCGUGCGAUGUCCUCUUCCUCAUCUUCUCCAUGGUCUUCUUCUAUACUCGCCUCCUGCUUUUCCCUACCCAGAUCCUCCACACCACGUACUAUGACUCCAUCAGGGAAUGGGGCCCCUUCUUCGGCUACUACUUCUUCAACGCACUCCUGAUGCUGCUGCAGCUGCUGCAUGUGUUCUGGGCUUGCCUCAUCCUGCGCAUGCUCUUCAGCUUCGUAAAGAAAGGCCAGAUGGAGAAGGAUGUGCGCAGUGAUGUGGAAGAGUCAGACUCCAGCGAGGAAGAGACAGCAGAGUCCCAUGAAUAUCCACAGCUCAAGAACGGGGCAGCCCCCAUUGACGGCCCCCGGAGCCGCGUGGCCGGGCGGUUGGUCAAUGGGCACACAUCAGCCACAUAGCCACUGGCCAAGGGUGGCUGCAAGAAGCCUGGACUGGUGGCCCUUGGGCUAGCUCCAGGGACACAGGGAGGGCUGAUGAUCUGUCUCUAGCCCUUUCCUUCUGCUCAUCCUUCCUCCCUCCUUUCCUCUGAGCAACUGGACUGAGCCAAGAGGCAGGAGCCCCAGGCUGAAAGGGGCCCAAUAAAACUUGAACAGAGCUGAAUUCUUUGCCUGAGAACUUGGGUCCCUGUCAAAGCUCCUUUCUAAUCCCAGAGAUCCCUGAAGGAGUCAGGCCUCUACUUACAUACCCAACUGAUGGGUUCUCACUGCCACCCAAUCAAGGAUGCAUGCCUACUCCCAGGGGCCCCAGACAGCAAGGCAGGGAAGCCCCACCCCAAGUGAGUCCCUUCCCAGCCACCAUCUUAGAAAAGCCACCUCCCUCCACCCCAACACAGACAGAACACACUUCACCCUUGAGGUCCCUGGAGCCUCCCUGGGGACAUGGCAGGGGAUGAGGGCAAAUCACACAGGCUUCCCAAGGGUCAGCCUGGAGGAGAUUGGGCAGAGAGUAUAAAUUGCUGCUACCACUUUGGAAAAUCAUUCAGCACCAUGUAUAAUUGUAGAUCUUUUAUAAAGUUCAAAAGUGACUCAAAUAAGAUGUUAUGUAGGCAUUAAUAUCUAGCUGGUACAACUAUAAUAAAAUAUA